GACCUCCCUCCGCGAAGAUAUCUUUGCCACCUCAAAGUCCAGUCAUUCCGACUGGAUCAGCGGUUGACUUCCCAGAUAUCACGCUUCCCGGACUGCUCCAUUUCGGGACCCAAAAGAAGCAAUCAUUGCAUAAUCAUGACUUCAGCUGAUAUCGCCGCCUCGGAGAAGGAGAGGCUCGAUGAGACAGGAGUGCCGCUGGGUGGAAAUGUCGCCGCGGACACCAAACCCGAAAGCGCCAGAACAGAGGCCGAGGAAUCGGGUCUCGCGGAGGCUGCUGCAGUAGAAAAGAAGCUGGUGCGAAAGCUCGAUCUCUACCUUAUUCCGCUGGUUAUGCUGCUAUACCUUAACAGCUUCAUCGAUAGGGUCAACAUUGGAAAUGCGCGGCUCUACAACCUCGAAGAGGAUCUCGGCCUUGUAGGCAAUCAGUUCCAGGUCGCUGUGUCCAUCCUCUUCGUGACUUACGUCUUAUGCGAGAUCCCUUCCAACUUAGUCCUGAAGGUCUUCCGCCCGCGACGCUGGAUCGCCUUCAUCACCGUAUCGUGGGGAAUCAUCGCCACCUUGACGGGCCUCGUCGACUCGUACGGCGCCCUGCUCGCAUGCCGACUGCUCCUCGGCGCCUUCGAGGCCGGGCUCUUCCCCGGCCUCACCGUGUACCUCACCUUCUUCUACACCAAGAACGAGCUCGCCAUGCGGGUCGGCUACCUCUUCGUGUCGGCCGCCAUCGCCGGCGGGUUGGGCGGCCUGCUGGCCUUCGCCAUCGGGAACAUGGACGGUCUGCGGGGCAUGAGUGGCUGGAGGUGGAUCAUGAUCAUCGAGGGCAUACCGACCGUUGUUUUGGGCGUUAUUACUUACUGGGCGCUGCCUGAUGACCCGGCGACCGCUUACUUUUUCAACAAGAGCGAGAGGGAGAUUAUGACUUUGCGCCUGCGCAGGGAGUAUGGGAACACGACCAGCGCGCAGCAGUUUAAUCGUCGCGACAUGGUCAAGGCGUUCUCGGACUGGAAGGUGUGGCUGUUCUGCAUUGCGCAGUUUGGCGUUGACACGAUGUUAUACGGGUAUUCGGCAUUCCUCCCGACCAUCAUUCAUGCGCUGGGCGACUGGACGGUGGAGCAAGUUCAGCUGUUGACUGUGCCAUGCUACUUCCUCGGCGCAGCCACAUACAUGGCGACGGCAUUUCUCUCUGAUCGAACAGAGAAGAGAGGACUCUUCUGUGUCAUUUUUGGAACCAUCAGCGUCAUUGGCUAUGCUCUCCUCAUCUCGACAGUCCCUCACGGAGUUCAUUACCUAGGUAUGUGCUUCCUUGCGGCCGCUGGAUUGUAUGUUGUCGUCGGCUUACCGCUCGCUUGGCUCCCCAACAAUACACCUCGAUACGGCAAGCGUACCACUGCCAAUGGUAUGCAGCUGAGCAUUGGGAACUGUGCAGGCAUCAUGGCCCCCUUCAUAUAUCCGACUGCCGACAGACCUCGCUAUAUCCGCGGACAUGCCACUACCCUCGCCAUGGUAGGAAUGGGAACGUGUAUUUACGCCUUCUUGUGGUUUUGGUUGAGAAGACAGAAUCAACGCCGGGAUGCGGGAUACGUGUCGCCCAAGCAGCAGACUCUGUCCGAGGACGAGCUCGCAGAGUUGGGUGAUGAGAGUCCCCGGUUUCGGUACACUAUUUGAUCGUGGACAAUGUGAAAGAUAGAGUUGGAUGCACGAUUAGUACAGAGUAGAAUAAAGAAGGAGGGCGCAUUGGGU